GACGAGGGUUGCGUUCAGUUUGGUUUAGUUGCUAUCAAGCUUCCCUCCUUCGGCAUUAUACUGAAGCGUCAAAACAGCUAAAUGUCUGAAAUCUGCCUUUAACGCUUUACUUUUAGCUAACACGUUGCAGUUAAUCUUGUAAUACGGUCAACAUCUGAAGCCAACUAAAGAGAAAUUUGUUGCAGAUUGCUGAAACAGUCAUCAUAUACGACAUAUGCAGGCUGUAUAGUGGCACAUGAUGUUCAACAAGUCGUUUGGUGCUCCCUUUGGGGGAGGAACAGGGGGAUUUGGGACUUCAUCCACGUUCGGACAGCAAAACACUGGGUUUGGAACAGGUGGCUUUGGUUCCUCUGCUUUUGGGACUGCAAACAACACAGGCGGGCUUUUUGGAGCAACACAAAACAAACCUGGUGGACUCUUUGGUUCCAGCACAUUCAAUCAGCCUGUCACAUCCUCCACCAGCAGUGGGUUUGGGUUUGGUGCCACUAGCGGCACCUCUAACAGCCUUUUUGGAAGCACCAACACUGGAAGUGGAGGGCUCUUCUCCCAGCAGGGCAAUGCAUUUGGUGCCAACAAACCUGCCUCUUUUGGCACUUUUGGCACCAGUACCAGUAGUGGUGGGCUGUUUGGGACAACCAACACCACCUCCAAUCCAUUUGGAGGAACUUCGGGGUCCCUGUUUGGUUCAUCUAGUUUCACUGCCACACAGCCUGGCACAACCAUCAAAUUUAAUCCACCAACCGGAAGUGACACAAUGGUGAAGAGUGGUGUGACGACUAGCAUCAACACCAAACACCAGUGUAUUACAGCCAUGAAGGAGUAUGAAAAUAAAUCCCUGGAGGAGCUGAGGUUAGAGGAUUACCAGGCAGGAAGGAAGGGGCCCUCCAAUCCCAUGGCAGGCAACCCAGGCAGUCUCUUUGGGGCUACAGCAACAGCGACUCCUAGUACUGCCACCGGACUCUUUGGUUCUUCUGGUCCUGCCUUCAGCUUUGGCCAUAACAAGACCUCCUUUGGAACCAGUACAGCUGCUUUUGGUACAACCACAAGCAGUUUAUUUGGUCAACCACAUCAAUCCAACAGUCUCUUUAAGCCUUUUGGCCAGCCCACCACAGCCCCAAACCCUGGAUUCUCCUUUGGCAAUACCAACACCAUGGGCCAGCCCAACACCAGCAGCAUGGGCCUAUUUGGGAACACAGCAGCUUCACAGACCCCAGGGCUGUUUGGGAAUGCGGCAAACACCAGUACGGCCGCAGGCUUCGGCACGGGCACAGGGCUUUUUGGGCAGCCCAACACCAGCUUUGGGAAUGUGGGUACACAGAAUUUGUUUGGUAACAAGCCAACUGGUUUUGGCACCACCACAACCAGUGCUCCCUCCUUUGGCACAGGCACUGGCCUGUUUGGCAACAAGCCCACUCUCACUCUGGGAACCAACACAAACACCUCCAACUUUGGGUUUGGUACAAAUCCUGCUUCAGGGAGUCUGUUUGGAAACAAAACAGCCACUGGUAGUCUAGGGGCAGGCCUGGGAACAGGUUUUGGAGCAGGUGUGGGUACGGGGCAAACAUCUCUGUUUGGAAACAACCAGAAUAAGAUGGGCUCCGCUUUGGGCCCAGUGGGGACAUUUGGGGCUACUGGCUUUAACGCAGGAACCAGCACACUGAACUUUGGUGCACCGCAACAACCUGUUGCCCUGACCGACCCCAAUGCUGCAGCAGCCCAGCAGGCAGUGCUGCAGCAGCAGAUCAGCGCCUUAGCUUAUGCGCCUUUCGGUGACUCGCCCCUAUUCAGAAACCCCCUUUCUGAUCCCAAGAAGAAAGAGGAGCGCCUAAAACCAACAAAUCCAGCCGCUCAGAAAGCUCUCACUACCCCUACACACUACAAGCUGACCCCUCGCCCUGCCACACGUGUGCGACCCAAGGCCCUCUCUUCCUCAGGUUCUGCCAAGUCUCAGCUAUUUGAUGGGUUGGACGAUGAUGAACCUUCUCUCACCAAUGGAGCCUUCAUGCCCAGGAAGAGCAUCAAGAAGCUGGUGUUGAAAAACUUGAAUGGCAGUAGUAUGUACAGUAGCCCACUGAACAGAGAGGCUGAGGACCUGAGCUCUCCUUCAGAGUACCCACAGAAUGGCCUCAGCAUGAGAACGGAUGUGGAGGACACCCAAGACGGCGAGACAGAGAGGGGGGCAGAAGAUGAUCUGGAAGUUUCCAAGUUCUACACUAACCCUGUAGCCAAGCCCAUCCCACACUCCCAGCCCAGCCCUUUACUUCAGGAUACAAUCAGUGAGAUGAACAUGCGCAGAGGUGGGAGUGUCUGCAAUGGCCUGGAGCUCAGCAGUGAGGAGAUCUCUUUUGGAGAGGAAUCUUCUGUCCAGGAGGAGAGAGAUGAGGAUCUGGAAGCCCAGAAACCUCCCCAUCCAGCUGGCAUAGUUCUAAGUCGGGUAGGUUACUAUACCAUCCCGUCAAUGGAGGAACUGGGGAAGAUGCUGAAUGAAAAUGGAGAGUGUAUCUUGGAGAACUUCACCGUGGGCAGGAAAGGCUAUGGGUCAGUUUUCUUUCCUGGUGAGGUGAAUAUUACAAACAUGAACCUCGAUGAAAUUGUGCACUUCAGACGAAAGGAGGUAAUCAUCUACCCUGAUGACAAAGAUAAACCUCCUGAGGGAGAGGGCCUCAACAGGCGAGCAGAAGUGACUCUUGACGGUGUUUGGCCCAAUGACAAAACUACGUGCACUCAGAUCAAGAGUCCUGAGCGUCUGAGCGAGAUGAACUAUGAGGGAAGGCUGGAGAAUGCUUCCCGCAAACAGGGUGCUCGCUUCCUUGAGUACCGUCCUGAGACUGGAUCUUGGGUCUUUGAGGUGGCCCACUUCUCCAAGUAUGGCCUGCAGGACUCUGAUGAGGAAGAGGAGGUAGCCCCAGCCAAAACUGACCCGAAGAAGCUGAAGACGGGUGUCCUGCCAGGGACACAGCAAGUUCCAUUGACCCAGCAGCAGGUGGCGCCACAGGCUCAGAAUACAACAGUGUUGGAACUCCUCAGCCACGUGCCGGAGCUGGACAGUGACAUGGCGGACAUUACCCAGGAACCUCCAGAAGGAUUGUUGUGCGAGGAGGAGGAGAGCAUUCUUGAGGAUGACACUAGGAUUGGCCUGAGAGCAGACACCCCUGCAGAGCACGAGCCUGUCUCUGCUUCCAGCCAGAUUGCCUCCUUGCUGGGAAUCAACCCUCACACCCUUCAGAUUAUGAAGGCAUCUUUGUUUGCUGGGGAUGAUGAUGAUUGUGACCUGUUCCAUGAGCAGCACCCUCAGAAGCUCAUAGAGGAGAUUGUGUCCCCCCAGGCUUUACUUGGUAAAGCUCAAGGCAGGCUACCAGUGGGAAGCCUCCUGCAGACUAAGUUCAGCUCACCUGGGGGACUGUUUUCACAGCUGCCGGAGGUGCCUUUUGGAGCGGCCCCUCUGAAACUGAGUAAGCCGCCGGUGGCAGAGGCCCCAUGGCCUUCGCUGGUCCCCACCUUCGUCUUGCCACCUCCGGUGCCAGAGGUCACGCUGCGUACUGUUGGGGCCCGCAGGCUUGGGGGCCCCGUGCCUCAUGACAGCUCGGUCACUCUGGGGAAGGGGCGGCUGCUAAUGGACUCGGCCCUGUUCAUGGGCCGCUCCUUCAGGGUGGGCUGGGGGCCUAAUUGGGUGCUGGUGCACAGCGGAGAAGCACUCAGCACAGCGCAGGAAGCAAAGGAGCCACGGGCCACAGAUGCCAUGGGCUUUGGGUUCUUGCCCAAACCAACCAAGAUCAGGCAGAUCACUGAGAGCCCCUAUAAAGUGCAUGUGGAGCAGGUGCUGGGUGUGGAGUCCAAGGAGCCGUCGGAGAGCCUGGCCCUGUACCACCGGCCACUGGAGAUCAGCCUCAGGCAUAGCACCAUCAGUACAGAGGAUGUCUGCCCUUUUAUCCAGCCAGAGAAAGGAGUGGAUGCCCUACAUGAAUAUGCCGAGUGGAUUACAGAGGUCAACAAUGAAGCAGGAUCAGAUGAUGCCGUCCUGGGUCACUGGCAGCAGGUGUGGGCCCUGUGUGCAGCACUGUGGGGUAGGCUUGGUGACCAGGACAUGGAGGCCAAGCGCAGCGGGGGCUACCAGGAACAACUGGCCCGCAGACGGAGCUUCUCCCGUUGGUUGGCUGAGAGCGCGGCCCGGCGCAUCCAGGAAGAGGUGGGCCAGGCUCAGGCCCGCAGCCACGUGGAAGCCAUCUUCUUCUACCUGACGGGCCACUGCAUCAGCGAGGCCUGCAGACUGGCCCAGAAGAGUGGGGACCAUCGCCUGUCCUUGCUGCUGUCCCAGUCGGUGGGCUCUCAGCCAAGCAGAGACCUUUUAAUCCUACAGCUGGCAGACUGGAACAGAAUGGAGACCGACUCCUUCAUCCAGGAGGACAGACUACGUGUGUUCACCUUGCUUGCAGGCAAACCUGUGUGGGAGUCGACGGACUGCUGCAUAAACGUGUGCUCUGAGCUGGACUGGAAGCGCUGUGUAGCAGUGCACCUGUGGUACAUGCUGCCCCCCACUGCCUCUGUAGCACAUGCUCUCGCCAAAUACGAGGCUGCCUUCCAGGGUUUGGAAGAAGGGAAGAAGUAUGCUUGUGCUCCUCUUCCUCCCUAUGUGGACGAUACAGAGCUGCUGGGAUUGAACGAGGAGAUGGAGAAUAUGGAAUCUAACAAACCCCUCUACGACAUCUGCUUCCACUUACUAAAACUCUAUAGUGACAAGCACUACAGCUUGCAGCAGCUGCUGGACCCUAGCACAGUGACGGCAGAGCGGCUGGACUACAGGCUCAGCUGGCACCUGUGGAAUGUGUUACAGGCUCUAAACUACAGUCACCUCGCGCUGCCCUGCCAGGGCCUCCUGCAUGCCAGCUAUGCUGCCCAGCUUGAGAGCAUGGGCCUGUGGGAAAUGGCUGCUUUUGUUCUGCUGCACAUCCCUGACUCCUCGCUUCGAGAGCGUGCUGUGAAGGAGAUACUGAACCAGCACUGCCCUCUGGAGGAGACUGAGGAGUCUGCAGAGAAGGAGCGCUUCCUCACAGACAAGCUGCUGAUCCCUAUGCAAUGGAUCCACGAAGCAAAAGCCACCCGUGCCAGACGGGAAGGAGACAAACACCAGGAGGCGUUGCACCUCUACAAGGCUGGUCACUGGAACCAGUGCCACCGGCUAGUCAUACAGGACCUGGCCUCGGACUGCAUAAUUAAUGAUAAUCAUGACUACCUAAUGGAGUUCCUGGAGGGCUUGGCAUUGCCUGAGCGCAGUGUUCAGAUCCAGGACUGGGACACGUCAGGCCGGGUCUACCAGGACUACAUCCACGUCAUUCAGACCCUCCGCCACAUUCAGCAGCUGGAGAGUCCAGGAUAUGAGCUGGAACGGCUACAGACCGAUGUCACAUCUCUGUGCAGCAGGAUUGAACUCCUUCCCUGCUCCAAAGCCAAAGAUAGACUUGCUCAAUCAGAAAUGGCCAAACGUGUCGCCAACAUUCUGCGCGUGGUGCUAAGCCUUCAGCAGGGUGGGGAGGGCACCCCGGACCCCCAUCACAUCCCGCUGUGCCACCUCGCCCCCCAGAUCGGACGCUUGCCCAUGCCUGAGGACUAUGCUCUCGAAGAACUUCGCAGUCUCACCCAGUCUUAUCUAAGGGAGUACAUUGUUGGUCACUGAGGAUCAGGACAGCAUGGUGGGGCAAAGAGGGAUGUGGGUGGUCAAUGUUGAGACUGUUCUAAUUUCAGCUCUUGGAAUCUUGUGGAAUCAUAAUGGCCCAUAAACACAGACAGACACAUUUUCUGAAUACGUCAAUCCUGUGCGUUUUGUGUCUGUGUCUUUCUUUGAUCAAGUACAUACUGAAGUGUGUUUGGUAAAUUGGACUGUUUGUGUAUAAGUGCAUAAUACCCUUUUGAGGGGAGACCUCACCAGCUUUUAGAGUGUAAUUUGCAGUUUGAGAAUUGCACUAUUAGGCUACAUAGAAAACACAAAGUGGAUCUGUAGUUUUAAAUACAUUAACAUCUGAUCUCUGGAGAGUACAACCAUGAAUAUAGACGUUUGGCCGUUUUUCCUUUGAGGAUGGAUGUGCAUAUUCACCUGUAAUUGAAAGGUUAUGUAAGUGUGGGGUGUUUUGUUUUUGUUGCCCCCCCCCCCCCCAUAUCUCCCUUCAGUCUUUAUAUAUAGUGUGUAUGAUGAGUGAGUGUUGGUUUAAAAAAAAAAAGACCAUCUGUUGAAUUUUCUGUCUUGGCACCAAGCAAUGGUGUCAUGAUAUAAAUGUAAAGUGGUCAUGAAUAUAUCUAUUUUUGUAGGGUUUUGUACAUAUAUGCCAUUUAGCAAAAGGUUUAAGUGUGUAACAACAAAAAAUUAAUGGACAGAGCUCUGGCAAAACGGGUGGAGUCUAAGAUGUACUGACGAGUUUAAAACAAUAUAUGGCUACAACCCCCCCCCCCCCCCCCCCCCUUUUUUUUUUUUUCAGCACGAAACUUGGCAAGAGGUUUACGUGUAUUUAUAAUUACAUAGCAGCGUUAUUGUAACCACCCGUCUUUACAAACACGUUAAAUACUAGUCUACUCAGCUCAGUCCUGCAUUAAUAAUCCUGCCGUUUCCCUUUAAUUGCAGGCUUUUAAAGAUCUCGAAAAGUGUAAAGUGCGCGAUUUGAUGCUGCUGACUAAGGUUCUGUUCCUCUGCAUCGUCUUAACAUUUUUCGCUUUGCAUGAUUCUACAAUGUUUUCCCCCCUUUUCCUUAUUUUCUUUUUUUAAAACAGCAAAAUUAAAGUUUUUGGAAUGCA